AUGGCGGCCAUCGUCGAGAGGGGCGCCGCCGCCGUUUCUGAUUCCGAUUCCGAUCACGAGUGCCCCGAGAAGGAGCCUGAGUUCGUUAUCGACAUCGCGGACAGCGUGUCUCAACCACUGAUCCCUCCGCGUCGUCAUCAGCUGAUGCAGCCACCAGCAGCAGUGUUAUUUCCGCCGCCGCAGCAGCAGCUCGCGCCUUUGGUGUAUCGUCAGACGCUGUUGGAAUACGCCGACAUGCCCAAGGAGUGCACAAAUUGCUUCAUUUGCAAGAUCGUCCAUUGCAUUCUGGUGCUGGUGUGCGUGGGCGUGACGCUGAUGCUGGUGGCACGCUUGCCAGCGGAGUACAAGGCAGGCGACGGCGGAUGGAUAAUGGUGUGCCCCAUCCUCAUCGCUGUGCUCGCCGUGCACUGGCUGAUGCUGGCCAAGUACGACAAAGAACAGUGCUAA